UUUAAUUUCUCUACCUCCAUCUCCAUUAUUGUAAGCUAGCCCCCACCGCCGCCCAUCUCUGUCUUCCUUUCUUCUUCUUCGUCUUCUGCAUUCUGAAUCCGAUCGAGUUUCUUUUCAUUUUCCUCUCUCUCUCUCUCUCUCUCUAGAUCACUAGCUAUAUAUAUAUAUAUAUAUCAGCUAAUUUGCCUGUGAGUUUGAGGUUGAAGCUGGAUCCUUCAGUUUCCAACAGCGUUCCUUGAUCAUACCUCCAUAAAAAACCUUCCCAGCAUGUAAAUCUGCGUUGUCUGAUCAGUUUCAGAAAAUCCUCACCCCCCCAAAAAAAAAAAAAAAGUCUUUUUUGUGCAGAUGAAGAAUUGAAGUCAUCUUUCUUUCUGGUAUAGUGUGUAAUCUGGCUCGUUUCAGUCCUCCUAUUCCUUAGCAGUACAUUUAUAAAAGCCUUAAAAGCAUGUAAUUUUAUUCCAACUUCUCCAAAAAAUAUCCCCCAAAAAAAAAAAAAAAAACUUGGCAGAACUCCAAAAACAACAUGUUGCCAUAGUCAAUUAGUUAUCGAUCGGUAUUCUUCUGUGUUUAGCUAUCCUGGCCAAGAUCGAAACCCUCGUGUAGCCAAAACUUUAUAAAAUUUACCCAAUCAUGUAAUUUAUAUCCAUCUCGUUUAAUUCCCAGUAUCCAAUUUUAAAAAACCAAAAAAAAAAAAAAAAAAGUUUUGCUAGCUUCUUAUUCAAGGUUGCGGAAAUUCAGAAAUGAUGCCGGAACAAGAGACUGGAACGCCGCCAGCAUCAGCUCCGGCGACUCCAGGGACGCCGGGAGGUCCGCUGUUCACAUCUCUCCGAGUGGACUCGCUGUCCUACGAUCGGAAGUCGAUGCCGAGAUGCAAGUGCUUGCCUGUGAAUACCCCAACGUGGGGUCAAACUCACACGUGCUUCGCCGACUUCCCUACUCCCAAUAUCUCUCUCACUCGGAAGGUUGGAGCAGAGUUUGUGGGAACUUUCAUCCUGAUAUUUGUAGCAACAGCAGGACCCAUUGUAAACCAAAAGUACAAUGGAGCAGAGACACUGAUCGGGAAUGCAGCUUGUGCAGGGCUUGCGGUGAUGGUCGUGAUUCUGUCGACGGGACACAUAUCUGGAGCACACCUGAACCCGUCUCUCACCAUUGCGUUUGCAGCACUGCGCCACUUCCCUUGGACCCAAGUUCCUGCCUACGUUGCAGCACAGGUUUCAGCAUCCAUCUGUGCUUCCUUUGCUCUCAAAGGUGUUUUCCAUCCUUUCCUGUCCGGGGGAGUCACGGUUCCUUCCGUCAGCACCGGCCAGACCUUCGCACUCGAGUUCAUUAUCACUUUUAAUCUCCUGUUUGUCGUCACCGCCGUUGCCACUGACACCCGAGCGGUGGGAGAGUUGGCGGGUAUUGCAGUUGGAGCUACCGUUAUGCUUAAUAUUCUGGUGGCAGGGCCAUCUACAGGCGGUUCAAUGAAUCCCGUGAGAACUCUGGGCCCGGCAGUUGCAGCAGGAAAUUUCAAGGCACUGUGGGUAUACCUGGUGGCGCCCACACUUGGGGCCCUUGCUGGUGCGGGUACAUACACGGCGGUGAAGCUCAGAGAAACCGAGGUUGAUCCGCCACCGCAGGUCAGGAGCUUCCGUCGCUAGGCGGGCGGAGGAGUGGCCUAGCUAGCUUACUAUAUAAAUUGUACGUCUUAAUUUCAUGCCGACCCUGCUAGCUUGCCGUGGCUUGUUUCAUUCACUUUUGGUGUCUGGACUUUUAGGUACGUAGUAGGGCGUGAUUGUUUGAAAGUAAUAUAAUAGUAAGAAGAAAGAAUAAAAGGUGUGGAGGGCGUGGGAUGAUGUGAUCCAAAGUCUACGCCCUACAGUAAAAUUAGUUGAAUAAAAGGACAUUGCCUUUUGUCUGAUGCUUUUCAUCUUACGAUCGAUCGAGGGCUCUAGCCCCUUCGUCUUGGCCCUCGUUUGCGAGGAUCCUCAGCUAAUUGUUGUAAUAAUGUGUGCGCCUUUUGUUUAGCUCCUUUGUGAAAUACUCUACGUUUGUUGCUUUGUGUGAUGCUUGUUUGAAUAUUUGGUAAUGAAUAAAGUGCAUUAGCACGAAUAGCUUGUUCAUAAUAAA